AUGCCCGACAUUCCCGCCGUGGUUGUCCUCCGCCACCGUAUGGGCAGCAGCAUGGUCGUCCUGAAGCCGCAUCAGCGAAAGUCCUACAGCCGCCACGACCUGGAGAGCUUUAUUCUCUACAAAGAACAGAAGUACAACGCUGUGAACGUCCUCUGGCGCUUUUCCAUCCUGCUGCUGCUUGUGUUCAGUUUCUCUGUCUUCUGCCUUGUCCUCAGCACGUUCACAACGGAGUGGUUAAGCGUGCAGAGCAACAACUCGUUCUUGUCCGUCGGGUUGUUUUUCUCGUGCCGCAAUCCGCCCCUGCACACGUGCACGUCGUGGCAGAGCUCGCGACUGGAGUGGACCGUCGUGGACCCUGUCACGGGAGCCACACUGUGCCAUGCAUCUUCGGGGUUCGUGCGUCGCUUUAGCGGGGCGCUGUGGACGAUGGGGACUCUGCAGCUCCUCUGCGAGGUGGCGGCGCUGGUUCUGAGCCUGUGGAUCACGGCUCGCCCGACCCGUAGUGGUGCACUUGUCCUUCUAAUUUUUGAUUUCCUGCUGAGCGUUUGCAGCGGUAUUGUGGCACUGAUUUUGUUUAACUCCUAUACUUCUUGUCUGCGGCGCACCUGCGAUGGCGAGCGCGUGCCAGGCGGUGCGUGCGACGUGCGCUACCGCUACGGGUACCGGCUGCACAUCGGCUCUGUCGCCGUACAUGGGCUACUGCUCGUGCUCGCGCUGUGCAUGCAUAGCUACAUCCACAACAUCCGUGUCACAUCGCGCGACCACCUUCUAACAGAGCGUCGCCGACUCUCCCACAGAGCUCAAGCUGGAGAGAGUAUUGUGCGUAUGCUGGACUCGCCGACAACUGCUGGCGUUGCAGGUGACAAUGGUGGUGACAGCUGUGCUCGCAGUACCCCGGAUGCCAUCCGAACAACCUUGCCUCUGGAUGAACAUCAGCCCAUGGGGCAGCCGAGUGCUGCCGCUGCUGGUCCAAGCGGCGCAAUAGUGACUGUCUCCGACCGUGCCGUUACAGCCCCUUCGAACAAUCGAGGUCGUACCGAUCAAGGCGGCUGCGAGGGUGGCGGUGCGAGCGGCAACGCAGCUCAUCACAACAGUGACCAUGGGCGCAACAGUGCCACAGCGACUACGUUAGCAAAGUCGGCUCGUGACUCGCCUUCUGUGCAGGAUAGCGAGCUACAUGUCUUCUUUGCCGAUGUGCCGGGCGGCGCAGACAACGAUGGGGGCUCUGCUUUGCUCAGAGAGAGUCGAUCUCGCCGCCAUCUACAGCAUCAGUCAGUGUCGACGCUUCCCUUUGGCGAUGGCCGUGCCCGCGCUCCUGCUGCUGAAACGACGGCGGCAUCCAACGCGUCAGGGCACAGCACGGACAGCAGCUUUGUGACGCGUGAGCGGAGCGUCGGUACCGCGGCGGCGGACGAUAGCGGCAAUGACCAACGCCAGUGUCGUGACCGGCAGAGAACAUCGCCAGAGAAUUCUUUACUGCUACACACAGGUCAUCAGUACAGCGCUGGACCGCAGAUGGCAACGGCACAGCCUUCACUGACCUCGAAAAGGCAGAAACAGAGCCUACCACACAAGCUGCGUGCAACACCGGUUUAUCGGCAAAGCCGCAAGCACCAAAACAUGUUUCUCCGCUUCUUCAACCGAAAGCACGACUCCAACUACCUUACCGCCGCGGAGCUUGGCGUGCCAAUCGCCGGCGCAACUGACUGGGUCUACGAUGACCGCAGUGACAUGUUCUACUCGUUCGACCAAAACAUGUUCUGGGACCCGCUGACGCAGGAGUACUACAACUGCGCCUUGAGAUCAUGGCAGGAAUCGCCGGACCAGAUCGUUGGGGUCCAUGACAUCUAG